AUGUGGCUUACAUGCACGGAUAAUCCUCCUGCUACUGAUAGCAUUGGCAAUACACGCCUGGAUGAAGAGAACCCUUCUGCAGAGAUCGAGGACUCGGACCAGUCAACAGGGCAGGCCCCUCCCGAUUCUAUUGGUAAAACCAACCCCGAUCCAGCAGAGUCAACCGCCGAUGUGACUCCGCCCAUUUCUUUUAGCAAAUCCACCACCCUUUCUCCUGCCCCUGCUCUAGUAACAACCGUAGCAGCGGCAAAGGCUUCUCCUUCAACACCCUCUUCGUCGGUAUCGUCUUCUACGGGUAUCUCGGGCACAGACUCUACCAACAUCAUUGCAGGUGCGGACCCGCGCAAAGUUCCCAGCAGACUGUCCAUGACCUACCCAAAACCAAACCAGGCCAACCCACCUCUCUUUGCGAUCGGGAAUUCAAUCGAUUUUACAUGGGAGUUUGACAAGCCUACUCUGACAGCUCCACCUGCCAACCUCACCCUCCAGAUAACCCUGAACAGCGAUGCGACAAUGGUCUGGCCCAUAGCCAACAUUUCGGGCACAGCGACCUCGUACACGUGGAACACGGCCAACAUCAGAACUCCGUCCAACCUCCUCAUGGGCAUGUACACCCUCAAUAUCUUCGACGCCAAAAUUGGGAAACUAGGCGCUGCUAACGGUGGCCAGCUCAUCCCGAACUCUGACCUUCGAUUCGGCCUCUAUGUUCCUGAAUCAAGGAUCCCUGGAGCAAACAAGGUACAAUGCGGCACUUGUGAACUUGCGAGUUCCUCGGCCCCACUUUACGUUCAAAGACAGGUCAUCAUCCCAUUUUUGAUUGCCAAUAUCAUGACCCUGGUCAUGACAUUUACAUAG